AUGAUUUCUAGUAGAGUAAAAAGCAGAAGAAACUUGGGAAUCGGUCACUGUACCAAGGUGCCCCGCAAUGUUAACAUGGAGAAAUUGCAGAAUCACUAUUUAUUCUCUGAGAUUUCCAGGCGCGAAGCUCAACACAUUGAGAAGUAUCCAAAUGCAAAAGUGAUAAGCCUUGGGAUUGGUGAUACCACACAGCCUCUGCCAGAAAUCAUAGCGUCAAGCAUGGCCAAAUAUGCACAAGCCCUUUCAACACCUGAAGGUUAUAGAGGGUAUGGACCUGAGCAAGGCAACAAGGACUUGAGGAAGGCAAUUGCUGAAGUAUUCUACCAAGAUGUACUGGUAAAAGAUACAGAAGUUUUUGUGACAGAUGGCUCACAGUGUGAUAUUUCUCGGCUUCAGCUGCUUCUGGGUUCCAAUGUGACAGUAGCUGUCCAGGAUCCAUCUUUUCCGGCUUAUGUAGAUUCAAGUGUCAUAAUUGGUCAGGCUGGUGAUUUCAAAGGUGGAGCUCGGAAGUGUGGAAACAUUGAAUACAUGAAAUGUUCUCCUCAGAAUAAUUUCUUCCCUGACUUAGAAUAUGCUUCAAGAGCAGAUAUUAUCUUCUUUUGCUCUCCCAACAAUCCCACUGGUCAUGCAGCAACAUGGAAGCAAUUGAAGAAACUUGUGGAUUUUGCUAGGGAUAAUGGAUCGAUUAUAAUAUUCGACUCUGCCUAUGCUUCUUAUGUCAUGGAUGACAGUCCUCGGUCAAUCUUUGAAAUUCCUGGUGCCAGAGAGGUUGCAAUUGAAGUUUCAUCUUUCUCCAAGUUUGCUGGGUUCACUGGUGUCCGUCUUGGUUGGACAGUAGUCCCUGAUGAACUCUUAUUUUCAAAUGGGUUUCCUGUCAUAAAUGACUUUGAUCGCAUUAUUUGCACUUGCUUUAACGGAGCCUCCAAUAUAGCUCAGGCUGGUGGACUUGCCUGUCUUUCCUCAGAGGGUAUGAAGGCUGCAGAGUCCCUGGUUCACUACUACAUGGAUAAUGCAAAAAUUCUGGUUGAAACUUUCACUUCUCUUGGUUUAGAAGUAUAUGGCGGUGCAAAUGCCCCCUAUGUGUGGGUACGUUUUCCAGGCAAAAAAUCUUGGGAUGUAUUUUCUGAGAUUCUUGAGAAGACUGACAUAAUCACUGUUCCAGGAUCUGGAUUUGGUCCAGGCGGUGAAGGGUACAUAAGAUUUAGUGCUUAUGGCAACAGAAAGUGUAUCCUUGAGGCUUCAAAGAGGAUGAAAAGCCUUUUUGCAUGAGCAAAAUGUUUCAUUGUUUUUCCUCCCUCUGGCAGUUUGCAGUUACUUGUAGAUGAAGCAACAGUAACGUUAUUUCUCUGCAGAAUAUGAUUAAUGUGUAAUAAUAAAUUCAAUAGACUCAUAUUUUAUGUCAAGCUUGCAACUACUAUAAGCCAUCAAUUUAUGGUCAUACUUAU